AUGGAAGAAACUCUAACCCCAAGAAAGGAUGUUUCACCUUUACUAAGGCAAGACAAUAAGAGACCGCGUGAACCCAAUCAACGAGACGACAAUCCUUGGGUCAAGCAAAGACAAAACCCCCGACCGAAAACUUUUACUCCCUUGAAUACAUCAAGGUCCAACAUCCUGAUGGAGAUCAAGGACCUCAAAGAGCUUAAGUGGCCUCUCAGAAUGCGAUCAUUACCUGAAAACGGAGACAGAACCAAGUACCAUGACUUCCACCGGGACCACGGACAUACCACUGAGGGUUGUUUGGCUCUAAAGCAACAAAUUGAGGCCCUCAUCAGGAGGGGCACUAUUAACGUUAUUAUCGGAGGAACAGCUUCAGGAGGAGACACCAACAGUGGACCUAACUUCGAGGUCAAGAGAAUUCUUGUGGAUAAUGGAAGUGCAGCUAAUGUACUGUCUCAUGAAGCUUUAGUUCAGAUGGGUAUCUCAGUGGAACAACUCAAGCCUGUUAAAACACCCCUCCAAGGAUUUGGUGGCGGGGCCAUCACCCCUGAAGGUAUUGUUGGAUUACCCAUGACUUUGGGAUCUGAAGGUUGGCAGGUAACCCAUAUCAUAACUUUCGAAGUUGUCCGAACUCCGAUGGCCUACAACGCCAUUCGGGGAAGACCAUUGCUAAAUAAAAUCAGAGCUGUUAUCUCAACUUUUCACCUGGCGAUGAAGUUCCCCACAUAUAGUGGAGUUGGAGUCGUUCGAGGAAGCCAAACCAUGGCACGCCAGUGCUAUGUGACUAGUGUCCGAAAAAUAAAGGGCGACGUCAUGCAGCUUUCAGAGCUCGAGCUCGAGCUUGAAAAUCGUGGGAGACUCGCCCCGGUAGAGGAGCUGGUUGCCGUACACAAGCUCAAUGUAAACCCAGGAGCCAAACCUAUCAAACAAAGGAAAAGACAGUUUGCACCCGAACGGCGCGAAGUCAUACGAGAAGAGAUUGCCAAACUGCUCAAUGCACAAUUCAUCCGAGAAGUGCAAUAUCCUGACUGGCUAGCCAAUGUAGUUCUCGUAAAAAAGGCCAAGGGAAAGUGGCGAGUUUGCAUUGACUUCACUGAUUUGAACAAAGCAUGUUCGAAAGAUAGCUAUCCCCUCCCCCGGAUUGAUAGUCUCGUUGACAGCACUUCGGGUCACAAAUUGUACAGCUUUUUGGACGCAUUCUCAGGGUACCACCAAAUACCAAUGGCCACAGAAGAUCAAGAGAAGACCUCAUUCAUGGCAGAUUCCGCCAUCUAUUGUUAUAAGGCCAUGCCAUUUGGCUUAAAGAACGCAGGGGCUACAUAUCAGAGGCUAAUCAACAAGGUCAUUGCUGAUUUAAUUGGAAAAACCAUUGAGGCUUACGUAGAUGACAUGGUGGUCAAAAGUAAAUAG